UAUCUGUUUAUAUCUGUUUAUAGUGGUUGAAAAUUAGGGAGGGAAAGUUAGUGUUAAAUCGCCGGCGUCAGCCUCAUUCUUAAAUCUUCUUUUUAUGUAGGAUUUGUGUCAUUUUGUUAGGAUUAAAAGCUUGAGUUUCUAAUUUUGGUCCAAAAAUUUAGUUAGUCACGGAUGGGAUCCCAAAGGAUCACGGAUUCAUUCAAAACAUUCACGGGCUCCCCUUCUUCCCACACUAUUAUUAUUAUUUGAUACUCCAAUCCAGAGCAGCCCUACAUAUGCGACAACACUACCCAGCUGGAAAUGACAUCCACCUUCAACUUAAUUAAUUUAUUAAUUCCAUCAUGUUACACAAACUCAAAUUAUCUAUUUCAUUUUAAGAGCCUGCAAAAACAAUAAUUUAUAAUGCAAUGAAAUGGUUUUAUUUGAUGUAAAAGAAAAUAGAACUAUAUGCACAUAUUAUAAAACCAAAUGACAAUAUUUCUAAAAAAAACCCUUAUAUGUGUAAUAAGUAAAUACCAAGAAAAAGGCUAAGAAGAGUUAAAACUGUGAUUGGGGAGAAAGUAGGCUGAGCAGCACAUAACCACCUAAAAUAGCUUUCAAGUAUAACAAGGUUGGGAGGUUGUUCCAAUUUUAAUUUAUGCAACUUUUACUGUCCCGGACUGGCACGUGAAUAUAAAGUGAUCCAUCCUCGUCACAUGUGAAUAUAUAUAUAUAUAUAUAUAUAUAUAUGGGGGUGUGUGUGUAUGCCCUGGAACAGUUACAGUUUCGAUCCAUCCAUCUUUUUCUCUUCUUCCCAGCAGAAAUAAUAAUAGCACUAAUCAUGGAGUCCAAACAUGGGAGUUGGAGACUCUCAUUAAUGUUGCUUCUGGUUAUGCUUGGGUUGGCAAAAGCUGAUAUCAAUCAAGACAAAACAGAAUGUAGUAAUGAGCUAGUAGGGCUGGCUCCAUGUCUCCCUUAUGUUGGUGGAGACGCAAAAACCCCUACCAUAGAUUGUUGCAGUGGGCUGAAACAGGUGCUGGAUAAGAGCCGGAAAUGCCUGUGUGUACUGCUUAAAGAUAGAGAUGACCCCAGCCUUGGCCUCAACAUCAACGCUACUCUCGCGGCAACACUUCCUACCACUUGUCGUGCCCCUGUCAACAUGACCGACUGCAUCUCUCUUCUGCACUUGACUCCCGAUUCCCAGGAAGCUAAGUUAUUUCAAGGAUAUCAGAAGCUGACACACACUGGCAACUCCAACUCCACUACCACUGCUGCUGCUGCUGCAGACAAGAGUGAUGGAGGAAAGGAAAAGAGGUGGCUGGGAGUAGAGAUAGCGUUCGGAGUUUCACUAUGGAUUUUCACCAUAAACCGGAACCUUGGUGUGUGAUUGAUUUCUUCUAUAAACAGUGAUCCAGUUUUUAUGUGUCGUACAUUCUCUUUCAUUCACUUGUCUUGCUUUGCCCAACAAUUCCUGGCUAGAUGUAGAUCACAUGUGGACUAAAGCUUUUUAUUUCUUACCUCCCAUCAUCAAAACAAAACAACAUAUGUCUUGCCUUCA